UGGCGGCUUUGCCCCGGAUGCCAGCAGCCAUUGAGUGCAGCGUGUGGCGACAGAACAUCAAGUUCCUGCACACUCGCAACCAGUUCAGCCCCGAGUACUUCCAGUUCACCAAGAAGCUGGUCAGCUGCAAUGCGCCUUUUGUCACACUGGCACCCGACCAGGACAGGCUGACGCCUGAGGCGGAAGAGCUGGCCCUGGUGAGUGUACAGUUGGCUUCCAAGUUCCUCUUCCAGACUGCUUUCCACACCAAGAAGACACUCAGGGGUUCAGCUUCGGAUUGGUACGAAGUGCUGUGCGUGCACCUGCGGCACUCCCGAAAUGUGCGUCUCUGGUUUGCAAACCAGGUGCUGUUUGCACACCCUCAUCGCUUGGCUGAGUACUUGCUGGAGUGCCCCACUACAGAGGUUCGCAGUGCUUUUGCCAAGAUUGUGGUAUUCCUGGCACACACCUCGGCGAGGGAUGGCCCCUACACACCGCUCUGCCCCAUAUCAGCCACUGUUGAUCAAGGUGGAGUGUCCAGCCUGAGUGCUGCCAGUCUAUCGGACCACCUACUUGUGGCUGUCCUGUCGCUUGUCAACAAGGAGGUGUCCGAACAUGGCCGCCACCUGGCCCAGUACUUCGGUUUCUUCUACAUGUAUGCUUGCUAUGGAGUCACAGAGAGGUUGCAGCUGCUUCGGCUGAAUGUGCUGGGCACACUGAUGCUGGUGGCACUGGAUGAGGGGCCAGGCCCGCCGAUCAAGUACCAAUACGCCGACCUGAGCAAGCUGUACCAGCUGGUGUCCCUGCUCGUGCGCUGCUGCGACGUCUCCUCCAAGACACACUCCUGCCUGCCG